GAAUACCUGUUCAAUUCUUAGAAACGGUCAGAAGUUCGUGUAGACAACUACACAGUACAUCAUGAAAAAAAGUGAUCAAGUAGAAAAACUGCAUUAUUAAGGAAAAUCGAAUUAUUCGAAUUCAUCACACGCCUUAGGAUUGCGAGCUAACAAAGUUUAAGUGCAUAAUAUUUAUCAAAAUAUUACAGCAACGUUAACAGAAUAAUUUUGGAGAAUAUCAUUCAUUUGUAUUAAAAUGACUGACAGUACUAAGUUAUAUAAAAAGUUCUAUAUACUAUUUCAGGUUAUUGGAUUAGCACUCAUAUAUUUUGUAUACUAUUGGAUUGUUGUAUAUCGGGGAGGAUUUAGUUUUACGGUACCAAAAAUAAUAUUCAAUUGGCACCCAUUAUUGAUGACAAUUGCAUUCAUAUAUUUAUUUGCAAAUGCUAUUCUUCAUUAUCGUACAUUUCCAAACAAUAAAAAACAAAAUUUAAAAAACCAACAUGCAUUUAUUCAUGGCUGUAUCAUAAUACUUAUCGUAAUUGCUAGUUUUGCUGCUUUUGUUUCACACCAAUAUGCUGUACCUAAAAUUCCGCAUUUGUAUUCUUUACAUAGUUGGUUGGGAGUUAUCACUAUUGUGAUGUUCUUAUCACAGUUUAUAAGUGGACUUUGGUGUUUCUUAUACCCUGGAGUCGCUGCCCAACAUAGAGAAACUUUGGCUCCUUAUCACGUGUUCUUUGGCAUUUCCAUUUUCACUUUAGCAGUUGCAACUUCUGUACUAGGAUUCACUGAAAAAAUUAUUUUUGCUCUGGAUGAUAAAUACAAACUUUUGCCGUUAGAUGCUGUGCUUGGAAAUAUUUUAGGCAUUGUUUGUGUAUUGUACUGUAUACUAGUAGUUUAUAUGAUUACCAAACCAGAAUUCAAGAGGUCCCCUAAACUAGAAUACGAAACUUUAAUUAAAUAAACAUUUAAAAUAUAUAAUGUAAGUUUUAAGGUUUUGUGUUUGUAACUCAAGAAAAGAUGUUGACUGAACUAAUAAAUUAAAGAAAAAAAAUAUUUUUUGAAAUUA